ACUUACCUUGGCAAAUAAUGUUCAGAAGUGCUCAUGUUUUCAUAUACAGAUCUACCUUUGUACACAUCUUCACAAGACCUGGUGCCUCUGGCCAAUUACUCUGUUCUUCUGAUUGUUUUCCAAGACACUACAGUGCCUCACCUUUCCAAAGCAUUUGAUAGCAUUUGUAGGCCAAACUAGGUGGGCACAAUGGCCUCUGAAGCAGGCACUGUGCAAUUUCAGGCAAAAACGUGAAUAUGGUUUUGAGAACCUAUUUUCAAUGGGUUAAAAAUCCCACUUCAGUCUUUGGGAAUAUGGGUUUGUUAUGGCCUCAUGCGCCCCCUGCAGGCCCUGACAACUCAUUAGCGCACUCGUACCUAACCAGGAAGUUGUGCAUGGAAUUCAUGGAAAUGAAACUGAAACUGAAGUGCUCCGUGAAGUCCAGAGCUGUGUGAAUGAUCUUUCAGCACUAUAGAGGCAAUGGCAGAGGCAAUGGCAAGCAACCAGGACCUUUUUACGUGUCCAAUUUGUUUGGACAUUCUCAGGGAUCCAGUGACUAUUCCCUGUGGACACAGUUACUGCAUGGGCUGCAUUAAGGGCUGCUGGGAUCAGGAAGAUCAGAAAAGUGUUUACAGCUGUCCCCAGUGCAGACAGACAUUCACUCCAAGACCUGCUUUAAACAAAAACAAUAUUUUUGCAGAGCUUGUGGAACAGAUAAGGAAGACAAGAAUCCAAGCUGUUGUUCCUGCUCCUGUUGAAUGUGCUAUUACCGGGGAGGUGGAGUGUGAUCUCUGCACUGACAGAAAACUCAAAGCUGUGAAGUCGUGUCUGGACUGUCUGUUGUCUUACUGUGAAACUCACUGUAAAGCUCACAAUGAUGUACAUCCUGGGCGAAAACACAAGAUGAUUGAUGCUACAGGCCUACAGGAGAGGAUCUGCACUCAACAUGAGAAGCCUCUGGAGAUAUUCUGUCGCUCAGAUCAAACUUGUGUUUGUUUUCUCUGUAUGGUGGAUGAACACAAAGGCCAUGACACGGUGUCAGCAUCUGCAGGGAGAAAGGAGAAACAGGCACAGAUGGGAGAGACCCAGAGGAAAUUUCAGCAGAGUAUCCAGGAGAGAGAGAAGAAGCUACAGGAGCUGAAGAAGGCUGUGGAGACUCUCAAGAGCUCUGCACAGACUGCAGUUGAAGACAGUGAGAGGACCUUUACUGAGAUGAUCCACACCAUUGAGAGGAGGCGCUCUGAGGUGAAAGAGCUGAUCAGAGCUCAGGAGAAGGCUGAGAUGAGUCGGGCUGAAGGACUCCUGAAGCAGCUGGAGCAGGAGAUUGCUGAGAUGAAGAGGAGAGAUGCUGAGCUGGAACAGCUUUCGCACACAGAGGAUCACAUCCAUUUCCUCAAGACUUUCCAGUCAGUGAGCAACACACCUGAGACCAGUGUCUAUGUAAACCAAGGCCUCUACUUUGAGGCUGUGAUGAAAUCUGUCUCCUCACUAAAGGAUCAGGUGGAGGAGUUUUGCAGGAAGGAAGUCAUGAAGAUAUCUGCAGCAGUAACUGAAGUCCAGACUAUUUUGCCUUCAGAACCUACAACCAGAAAGGAGUUCCUGCAAUACUCCUGUCACUUCACACUGGAUCCGAACACAGCAUUCAGAAAGCUCCAUCUGUCUGAAGGGAACAGGAGGGUGGAAAGGGGUGUUGAACUGCACUAUCCUUAUCAUCCAGAGAGAUUUCAUGAGUGGGCUCAGGUGCUGUGUAGAGAAGGUGUGUCUGGACGCUGCUACUGGGAAGUUGAGUGGAGUGAGAGUGUUCGUUUAGCAGUCUCAUAUAAAAGCAUCAGCAGGAAAGGAAAGGAUGAGUGUGGGUUUGGAUGUAAUGAUCAGUCCUGGUGUCUGACCCUUCAACCCCUCAGUUCAUUUUUCUGGCACAAUGAUGAAGUGACCAAACUUCCUCUAGUGGUCAGCUCCAGAAUAGGAGUGUAUGUGGAUCACAGGGCAGGAACUCUGGCCUUCUACAGCAUCUCUGACACAAUGACCCUCCUGCAAAGAGUCCAGACCACAUUCGCUCACCCACUUUACCCUGGGUUUUGGCUAGCCAAUAAAUCAGCAUUGAGACUACUGUAAGUUGGAAAUUGCUCUGGUAUUAGCCAGGCUGAGUCCCUGCUGCAGUAGUCUGCUGCACUUAGUCUACUCAAUUUCUUGUACAAAAAAGGUUUUGAACUUAUGUCUUAUCUAUUUCCAUCAAUAUAGACCAACAAAAUAAAUUCUGAAAAUAUAGUUUGUUCUGAAUGUAAUCAGCUGUGAAUAUAAAGUCAGCUUCUGAUUGGUCUUUGAUUGAUCAACCUGUUUCUAAAUAGAACUAACACAAUCUAACCUAGCUCGGUACAACACAUAGAAUAGGUGGCAUGGGGUAGCUUUAAUUGUUUAUUUAAAGAGACAGAAAACACCACAAUAAAACAAUACAAACGUUCCUACUGUAAAUAAAUAAAUACAAUCAUACUUUGUCUGCUGUA